AUGGGGGAACAUAGAUCUAUCGAGGAGUCCAUCGACAAAGGGCUGGUGGAUAAUCCAGAAGAACCUAGUAGUAAUACCGAAGAUACCAUAGUCUUGGAAAAUCUCGGCUACAAACCUGUGCUCCAUCGAUCCUUCAGUCUAUUCCACAACUUUUCAACCUCAUUCGCCGCUCUCUACUUCGUCGGCGGUGUGCGUGUUACUUUUUCGACAGGUAUAGCCGCGGGCGGCAAUCUAGCCUACUGGACCAGUUUCAUCAUAAGCUGUGUUUUCACCUUCAUCACCGCCGCCGUCAUCGCAGAAAUAUGCUCAUCGUUACCACUUGCCGGAUCUAUUUAUUGGUGGGCGGCCGAGGCGGGCGGUCCUCGCUUUGGUCGAUUGUUUGGCUUCGUGGUCGCGUGGUGGAUCACAACGGCUUGGACUACCUUCUGUGCGAGUAUGGGUGCUGUCAAUUAUUUGCUAUCUGAAAUCGUCGUGUUCAACCUAGACUUCCCAUCCGAUAGUUCCGACGUCAAGUUUCGCGCUCUCCAAUGGAUCACCACUGAGAUCAUGUUAGCAUUAGCCGCAAUAUGGAAUCUUCUUCCUCCUCGUUACUUCAAAUGGAUAUUUUAUCUCUCGACUUCCUUCGUCAUCCUCGAUUUCCUCUUAAACAUUAUUUGGCUACCCGUCGCCACGGCGCGAACCAUCGGAUUUAGAUCGCCGCACGAUGCGUUCAUGACGACCUAUAACGGUACCGGUGCUCCCGACGCGUGGAACUGGUGUCUCUCAUUUCUAGCCACGGCAGGAAUCUUGAUCGGGUUUGAUGCUUCGGGCCACGUAGCCGAGGAGACGAAAAAUGCAGCAGUCACCGCUGCACGUGGGAUCUUUUGGAGCACGAUUAUUAGUGGGAUUGGAGGAUUCGUCGUUGUGAUUCUUUUCCUCUUUUGCGUGCCUGACGCCGAUACAUUCUUUUCUUUCGGUGGACCACAACCAUUCGUUCCGCUGUACGCUGUGAUCCUCGGAGAUGGCGGGCAUAUCUUCAUGAACAUCAUCUGUAUCGUGGCCCUUUGGUUCAACACCGCAAUCGCAGUGUUAGCAGCAUCUCGCUUAGUAUUUGCUGUCGCGCGCGACGGCGUCUUGCCUUUUUCCGGCUGGGUAUCCAAAGUCAUCGAUGGGCAACCCCGAAACGCAGUUCUUGUAGUCUGGGGCGUAUCAGCCAUCAUAACCUGUACCAUCCUACCCUCGGCUGUAGCAUUCACCUCCCUAGUCUCCGCAGCGGGAGUACCAUCAGCCGCUGCCUACGGUCUCAUAUGUCUCGGACGUCUUUUCUGCACGCCCAAGACCUUUCCAAAACCGGCUUGGAGUCUAGGUAGACUUAGUAAGCCGUUUCAGGCAAUUUCCGUGCUGUGGAAUGCGUGGGUGGUAGCGGUUUUGUAUUCGCCGUAUGUUUGGCCUGUAGAAGCAAAUACGCUCAAUUAUGCGCCUGUGAUCAUGGCUGCGACAACUAUAUUGGCGUUGAUUUCUUGGUGGGUUACUCCGGCUGAACGAUGGCUCCCGAGUCAGCGUAUUCAAGAGACACUGGAAGCGCGUGGUGCAGGAGAUUUGGUAGAAGAAGUCCAUUGAAGGAAAACACGUUUGAAUUAUGCCGUGUUCAGCAAGAAUUCAGCUCUCUUUGACUCAUGAAAUAAUCUAAAACACAAAAGCACCUCGCAUAUUUUUUUCUAUUUCCUUCAACAAUCAAUGAGUCUAUUACAAAUUUCAAUAAUACAGCUUGAGUAUCUGGCCAAGGCUUCAAAAGGUGCUUUACUAAAAGUUCCAUUGAUAUGAUGGCCGACAUUAUUUUUCAAUCCCUCUCUUAAGCGACUGCAACACUUCCGAUUUCUGCAGGUGG